GAGUUUCAGAGAUUACCUUUAACUGAGCAGCAGUGUGGCAUAUGUUUUCCUCGGGUUCAGGUUUUGAAUAAAAAUGGAGGAAUACCAACAUCCAUUAUUCUUUGAGGCAAAGGGACUAACAGACAAAGAGAAGGAGAGAAUCAGGAGAUACUUCCAAAAGAAACGGAGUUCUGGAGGAGGAGAAUGUGGAUUUAUUGAAAAGGUUGGAGAUACAACUUAUCGAAUAAACUUUAAAGAGAAAGAAGAUCAAGAAAGGGUUUUAGUGAGAGAAAAACACACUAUCUGCCUUCCCAGUGGAGAAUUACAGCUGACUGUCAGUGCAACCAGUUCUGUUCAACACAAAGAUCAGUUGCCCACCAGUCACGCACAGACAUUUACAAAAGGAAAAAAAAAAAGUCUUGAGAGGAAUUUCAAAAUGGACAUCUUCCUCAUGUACUACAUGAGAGACAACCCUAAAGCAUCCAAAAUAUUACACCAGAAGCUCUCCUCAAUUGGCUGCACGCUGGAGUUAGAUUUUGAUGAAGAAAAGGCUGUGGUGAGGGGAGAUAUUGAGAAGGGACCUGGUGGAGCUUUUGGUGGUGCUGCAGAGAAAUGGGAGCAACAGGUGGAUCAGAUCUUCAUCUGUUUAACUAAGACCUACGUCUGUCAACAUGUAUUUGAAACAAAGAAAAUUAAAAAGAUGCUGCAGGACCGCUCCGUUCUGACUGAUGACAUGAAAGUGUACACAGAGAGCGGUUAUGCUGUGGUGGUGGGAGAGGCUGAAGACGUAAAGAAGAAAAUUGCAAUCUUAGAAAAGAGUCUUCCAGCCUGCAUCAAGCUGCCAGUGGUAGAGAACCAGUUUAAACUGGUGGAAGAAGAGUUCAAUGGAGAAAUGGCUACACUUUAUCCAGAGGUCAAAAUCACUAGAGACACUGCUAUGAUCAUCUUGGAGGGUCCUGAUCAGAAAGUGCAGUCAGGAGCUGCAAAACUUGAUGAACUGGUCAAAAAGAUAAAAGAAAAGAAAGUUCAGCUUCCUUCAGAAUUAUUAACCUUUAUUAGAACCAGCGACGCCAUCACCAAGUACCAGCUUCGCUUCCAGCAGAGCCUCAGAAAUCCUGUUUCCCUGGAGGUGACAUCAGACCUGGUCCUGUCCAGUCUGUCCUCUGUAUCCCUGGAGGAGGCCGCAGCAGCAGUGCUGAGAGAUCUGAGUGUGGCUGAUGUAGAGCUGCAGGGUGCUGCAGGUGCAGCUGACCAGGACACAAUGACGAAGAGUGGCUUAUGUUUUCGUUCAACAAUCCAAUCCACAAUAAUUUUUUUAAGGUGUUUCUGUAAUAAUUUUUACAAUGUCGCCAGGAGUCUGUAUCAGGCUCAGUGCUGCCCAUGGAGACACAGAGCAAGGAAGCUCUGAAGUCAUCUUUUGGUCCAGGAUAAUGAAACAUGUCACUGUUAAAGCCUGAUAUUUUUAAGGAAAGCAUGAAAAUGCCACUUCAGAGGUUGAAAAUGAAAAUAAUCUGAUCAUUUAUGUUUUCUUUGAUAUUAUUGUUGGUUGAGAUAACAGAUGGGUUACAUUCAGAAGCACUGUAAUAUAUUACUUUGAGUUUAAAAACAGAACAUAACAUUAACUUUGUUGCUUUGCAUUUUUUAUUGUGCAAAAAUGCUCAUUCCAAAAUAUCAUUCCAAUGUUACUAUCUGAAAUCAAACAUUGUCAUUUUAAACUAAAAGAAAAUUACUGUGUUUUCAGCUGUACUUCAAAAAAUAAAAGAAAAUGCUUUAAAGAUUUAAUAAAAUGCUCAUG